CCUCCAGUACCGAGCAGCUGAUUUCCUCCCGAGCAGAGCGGCAGCAGCAGCAGCAGCAGCGGGGAGGUGAACGCAGCGUCCCCGGGUCUUCACAGCGCGGUGCGGAUCCCCCGCCGGACACACGCCGCGGCCCGGCGUGCUCAGCAGCCCGCCGCGAGGCUCCGCAGAGCGGCCACGGUCCGCCGCAGCAGCCGCCGCUGCCCGCCGCCCGCUGCGCCGCUUGUUUAUGUGCGAUGAGCGGGAGCAGGGCCGGAGCUCCGCCGCUGUAGGAGAGCAGCAGCGGGUCGGAUGAUCCCACCGCGACGGUUCAAGGCUCCAGAAUGAGCAGGGGCAUCACUCCUUCACCACAGACCCCCGCCUCCUCCUCCUCCUCCUCUUCCUCCUCUUCCUCCUCUUCCUCCCCCGGAUCCUCCGCCUGACUCGCUGGCCGUCUCUGCGUUAAUCCAAUUCGGGAGAUCAUCUGUUCAGCCCUCGCCCCGGUUCCUCCAUCAACACGGCGCUCUCUCAGAAAGCCAGCUCCGUGGCGGUGAAGAUGACCACGGCACGGUACCGCCCCACGUGGGAGCUGGCCGUGGACCCCCUGGUCUCCUGUAAGCUGUGCCUUGGCGAGUUCCCUCUGGAGCAGAUGACCACCAUCACACAGUGCCAAUGUGUCUUCUGUACACUGUGCCUGAAGCAGUACGUGGAACUCCUGAUCAAAGAAGGCCUGGAGACGGCCAUCAGCUGUCCGGACUCCGCCUGUCCCAAGAGAGGACACCUGCAGGAGAGCGAGAUCGAGUGCAUGGUGGCCGCGGAGAUGAUGCAGAGAUACAAGAAGCUGCAGUUUGAGCGCGAGGUGCUGCUGGACCCGUGCCGGACCUGGUGCCCGUCGUCCAGCUGCCAGGCGGUGUGCCAGCUGCAGGAGGCCGACGCCGCCGCCGCCCUGCCGCAGCUGGUGCAGUGCGCCGUCUGCGCCCUGGAGUUCUGCUCCGCCUGCAAGGCCAGCUGGCACCCGGGCCAGCCCUGCCCCGAGAGCAGCCCGCCCGCCUCCUUCCUGCCCGGGGAGAACAGCUCCUUCUACAAGAGCGAGGAGGACGACGCGCCCAUCAAGCGCUGCCCCAAGUGCAAGGUGUACAUCGAGCGCGACGAGGGCUGCGCCCAGAUGAUGUGCAAGAACUGCAAACACGCCUUCUGCUGGUACUGCCUGGAGUCGCUGGACGAUGACUUCCUCUUGAUCCACUAUGACAAAGGGCCGUGUCGGAACAAGCUGGGACACUCCAGGGCCUCCGUCAUCUGGCACCGAACACAGGUCGUGGGGGAUCUUCGCCGGCUUCGGCUGCUCCUGCUGGUCGCCUCCCCCUUCCUCCUCCUGGCCACGCCCAUCGUCCUCUGCUGCAAGUGCAAGUGCAGCAAAGGCGACGACGACCCGCUGCCCCACCUAGACGCCCCCCCCGCCCCCCACCCCCACCGGGAGGCGCUUCAGGACGGCCGUCUUCAUUUGCCCCUCCACCCCCCCGCCCAGCCCACAUCGCCCCCCACCUGCUUCUGGAGCUUCGUUUCCUGGCCCGUGCCGCUCGGGGCUCCAUCGCCCUGCAUGGAGGGGGCCUGAGGAGGGCCGGAGGGGGCGGAGCCUCCGUCCUUCAGAUGGAGCUGUACUUCCUGGUCCCCCCCCCCCCCCCCCCCCCCCCCCGCCCCGUCUGU